AUGAGUUCUGCUUUCUUCCGUCGUCCUGAAGGGAGCUCCAGCUCGAAAAGCGAUGAAUCAGGGGAAGCUGAACCCUCACAUCAACAAGAAGACGACAUCAUUGAGGGAGAAGGUGAAACAUUUGGGACUGAAUCAUUAUCGAGCCGUGGCAGUAUAUCUCUACGAGAUGGACAGGAUGCAACUCCCGCCACGUUUGCCAGUGUAGACCAUCAUCGCACCAACUUGCUGUGCGCUUUGCUUGAAGACUUCGCCAGAAAUAGGGCCUCCGAAAUGAUGAGCAAUGCGAAACCAGGAUACCACUUCAGCAAGUCAUCCGCCGAAGUCCAACCACUGGCCAGGAAACUCUAUCAACAAGUCGGUCGGUCACUGGCUCUUAAUGGAAUCCUGCCGCCUUCCAGUACCAACGACAGCCAGAGUAGCCAACACACACGAGCCACGUACUUAGCAGGGAUUGAAAGCCUUGCACUAGGUACUAUGCCGAACAACGAGCUUCUCGGUCAUGCACGAUCACAGCUCCCCGCCCGUGAUGAACAUCUGGCGGUCGCCCGAGUCAACCAGCCACAAAAUCCAUUGGUACGGUUCCCCCAGCACCAGACCCGAACUCGUUUUUCAUCUCCGUAUUCAGACCUCGUCUUGUCUCCUCCAGUUCGUCGCAGUCAUUACGAGUCAAGCUUCCAACAAAUCAAGCUGCUAGGAAAAGGAGGGUUUGGUAAGGUAUACCACACAUAUAAUCUCUUCGACAAGAAGGAGUACGCGGUCAAGAAGAUCCCGCUGAGUCCUCGCCUGUCUCGACGAUACAGAGAAUCAGGUCAUCAAGAGCUCGAAAGUGUUCUUCGAGAGGUGCAAGCACUUGCACAGCUCGAACACAACAAUGUCGUACGGUAUCAUGCCACUUGGAUGGAAGAACCGAGAGACACGCCGCCAGAUAUUCAAUUCCAACCCAGGAAACACAGCCUCACCGUUCAAGGAAGGAAACUCCUUGCUGAAGGACCCAUGGGCCCCGGACCCACAACGAGAAGACUUCUAGGACAACGGCAAGUUCCCCCCGAAUAUAGCGAUGGAAUUGUUUUUGGUUCAGACAGCGUUUCUCAUGCCACCUCUGAGGAAGUUGAGAAUGACGCUGAGCAAAGCGUAUCAGCAAAAUGCAGUGACUGGGAGACCCCAUCUGCCAGGACAUCGGAAAUCUUUACAGAUGGUUAUGCCCGACCAAAUGUAGAGGGAGUGACGACAGAUGACUCCGUUUACGUGCUUCAUGUGCAGAUGUCGAUCUAUCCUAUGACACUGGCACAAUAUUUGGCACCGCCAUCUGGAGCUUCACGAAGUGCACCGAGCAGUCCCGCUCGGAGACACUGUUUCCAUCUAGUACCCUCCGUGCGGAUUCUGAUGAGCAUUCUCAGCGGCUUGCAAUACAUUCAUGCCAAAGGACUUGUACACCGUGACAUCAAGCCUAGCAAUAUCUUCAUCUCCAGCUUGGGAAUCCUGGGCGAAGGGCCAAUCCCGGAGGCAUAUCAUGAUGUGGGCGCCUGUGUCGGUUGCCCUGAUCCUCGUCCUUACUUUGUCAACCCUCGUAUUGGUGAUUUCGGACUCGUUGCGGAACUGGCCGAAAUCAACCAAUUUGAGACGAGCAAUACGGAAAGCGCGAAUACCAAGGCUGUGGGGACAGAAUUUUAUCGCCCUCCUCCGUGGAACGACUCGAAAGCGAGGAGAAAGUCGCGAUCAUCCGUCGACGAAAAGAUCGAUGUAUUUGCACUCGGAGUCGUUCUGGUGGAAAUGCUCUGGUACUGCACAACAAGCACUGAGCGCUUGCAUGUCCUGAGAGACUUGCAGCUGGGGAGACUGCCUGCCGGAUUGGCAGAGAAGAUCGACAAUGAAGGGCACGAGCCUGGAGUGGGAAGCCUAGUCAGUCAAUGUAUAAUAGGCAUGAUUGAACGGAAUCCACGACGCAGAUGGGGAUGCACGCAGGUGAAGGAAUGGGCCGAGAUGAUAUUGACAAGAUGUAAGGCUCCAAUGGUGGCAAACGGGAGUGGCGGCAAGAUCGAUGCUGGAAGGAAGGAAUAUCAUAGGGAAAGUUGA